CCGGCUGCCUCAGCGGCUGCGAUCCUCUUGUUCCUCUUGGCGAUCCAAGCAGGCGCGCUCUGGAUCUUCACAAAGGGUUUCCUGCUCACAAGAACCACCCUCGAAGGCGUAGCGCAUUGCGACCGGGCGCCCGUCGAGACGUGGCAACCUCCGCGGCCCAUCGACCAGGUCGAAGCUCCGCUCACAAGAACGGAGCAAGACAUUCUGCAAUGGCAGGAGAGUUUGCUCAAGCACGCCGAAUGCACCCUUCCCUCCACGUACGACCGCGCAUUUGUCCUCAUCAUCGAUGCCCUUCGCUAUGACUUCAUCGCGCCCAUCGAGCGCAAUGAUACCACGGCGAAUCCAUUCUUCCACGACGUCUUUAGGCUACCUCCCCAAAAGGAUCGUGAGAGCCGUGAAUCAAACCAGCACCUCUCCUUCCUUGCACACUUUCUCGCGGACGCGCCGACGACGACGCUGCAGCGCCUCAAGGGUCUGACGACGGGCACCUUGCCCACUUUCAUCGACGCUGGCUCCAACUUUGGUGGCGCAGAGAUUACCGAGGACAACUGGAUCUCUCAGCUCAAGCGCAAGCUGGCAGACAGCCAGGCAUCCUCCAACAAGCUUGGCUUCGCAGGCGACGAUACCUGGGUUACCGUGUUCCCCUCGUUGUUUGAUCCAGAUUGGACCUUCCCUUACGACAGCUUCAACGUCGAGGAUCUCGACAGCGUCGACCAAGGGGUCAAGGAGAAGUUGCUUCCGUUGCUUGAGAGCAAGAACAAUGACUGGCGGCUGCUCAUCGGGCACACACUCGGCGUUGAUCACGUUGGUCACAGACUAGGAACAUCACAUCCUCGUAUGCGCACUAAGCUCGAGGAGAUGGACGACAUGGUCAAAGUCAUAAUCGACAAUCUGCCCAAAGACUCGCUCUUUGUCCUUCUGGGAGAUCAUGGCAUGGACGACAAGGGUGACCACGGCGGCGACGGCGAGCUCGAGGUGGGCUCUGGCCUGUGGAUGUAUGCGCGGCAAGACCGCGCGAGAAAGGGCUCCAAUGUCGAGAAGAUCGCCGCCGAUGUCCUUCGAGGCCUGAAUAGCGGCGAUAUCGAGCCACAUGUUCAGUUCAGCCCUCUUCGUCCAUCCGAGCAGGGCCAUCGAUCCGUCGCGCAGAUCGACCUGGUGCCCACCAUGUCGCUUCUGAUGGGCCUUCCCAUUCCCUUCAACAAUCUGGGUACCGUCAUUCCUGAGGUCUUUUUGCAGCAGGCUGUCGACGCCGCUCAAGCAAAGAAUCGACUGCUUCGAGCGCUCCGUGUAAACGCCAUCCAGAUUCACCGCUACCUCAACGCCUACGCGGCAGAGUCAAGGGAUUUGCAGCCAUUCGAGGCUUCGAUCCGCCACGACUGGCACCAAGCCCUCCUCAAGGACGAAAUCUAUGCUCGCCUGCUUCACCAAGGAGCAUCGUCAGAGGCCGUCGAGCAUGCUGAGCUGGAAGCCUCGCGUGCCUAUCUCAACUUCACUCGCAGCAGCCUCGUCCGUGCUCGCAGCGUCUGGGCCAAAUUUGAGCUCUUCAAGAUUGCCGCCGGCCUCGCCCUCCUUGGCAUGAGCCUCGCAACGUGUCUGACACUCCGAAAUGCUGCCCGGCGAGGCAUUCGGUCGUCACUGGACGUCACGGAUCUCGCCUCCGACGUGUACACAUCAACGUGCCUUGGCGCCGCAGGAGGAGCAACGGCCGGCCUCCUUUGCAAGCUCUUCUCCAUUUUCUUCGUGCCCGUGGGCCCUUUGCAAGCUUUCUCUGUCUUGGACAGCAUCAUCUCGGGAGCAGCUCUCGGCAGUCAGCUUAGUCUCAACUUUUCAUCCAAGGACGGCGCUUUUCGGUCUUUGGCGCUGCCCUCCGAUGGGCACGGAUACAUUGGCAUGUUGCUCCCAUUCCUCCAUGCAGUCGCCUUCUCCUCUAACAGCUUCACUGUUCACGAGGACAAGAUUGUCCUGGCCCUCGUCAUGGUGGUCAUCAUCUAUCGCGGCGUGCAAGGCUUUGUCGCGAGCCCCACCGCACGUCUCCGAUUGAGGAUCCCAGCUCUCAUGGCCGCCACCGCCCUCUUGCUUCGCCUGGCCGCAUUUAGCCGGAUCUGCCGCGAAGAGCAGGCCCCCGAUUGCCGAUCGACGUUCUACGGAGCGGGCGACAUGUCUUCCAACAGUCCUAUCGCCAUCCUUUUUGCCUACGUCCUCUCCUUCUUCCUGCCCACGCUCAUCGGAUAUGCCUUGGGUAUCAGUCGGUCUUUCGCGGGCGUCGCUCCCCUCUUUAUCAACUGGCUCGUACGGCCUGCGCUAUUGGCAGGUGCUGGCUUUUGGCUCAUCGAUUGGCUCCUCACCUCCAACAUCCUUGGCUCAGAGCUGAGCCCAGCAUCGCAGGGUGCCCUGAAGUGGGCAAAGAUGGCGCUGGCGAGGGCCGACAUGAUGCUCAUCGUCGUCAUCGGUGUGGCGUUCUGGGCCUUUAGUCCACUGUGCUUGGAGCUUAAACGCGAAAACCCGCAGGCUCCUGGAGCUCCAACAACUAGGCUCAUUGUUCUGGGCUUUGCGAACUCGCUCGGAUCUUCCUACCUUCUGCUGCUUUCCCUCGUCACCGCGCUGCUCUUCCUGGUGGCUCAGUCUACGGGCCAAAUUGUCCUUGUACUGGCCUUUUUGGUCAUUGUAUGCUGCGCGGAGGCUGGCGACGGCGAACGUGACGGACGUCUUCUCAACGAAGCACUCGCAAAGGCUGCCAUUCCCGGAUCGCCCACCGUGACAUUCCUGGAGGUGGCGACAGUGGCCCUCGUGGGUUUUGUGACGUUCUUUGCUACAGGUCACCAGGCCACCUUUGCAUCGAUCCAAUGGAGGACCGCCUUUGUAGGAUUCGACACGGUCGUCUACCCCUUCUCGCCCCUCCUCGUCGCGCUCAACAGCUUUGGUCCAGUAGCGCUGCUACCAGCAAUGGCGGUGCCGUUGCUGGUCCUGUGGAAUUUGGCCCCGAGGCCACGAAGGGGAGCUUCUCAGCAGCAGCAGCAGCAGCAGCAACAGGGAAGCGCCGCCCAAGCAGCGCCAGAGGAAGAAAGGAUGCCGACGCUGGCUGUCCUCCUGGACGCCUCCUUGUCCUUUAUCCUCUAUCACUCCAUUGUGACGUUCUCGUCUGCGCUCUUUGCAGCGCACUUCAAGAGGCAUCUGAUGCUCUUCAAGAUCUGGACGCCGAGAUUCAUGACCGGCGCUGUGACGCUCCUCGUCUCCCACGUCGGCCUCAUCAUCGGUGUCUUGGCCGCGGCCAACAUCAUGAGCAAGGUCAUCAUCACGUUUGGUUCGCGCUUCUAG